GUUACUUGGUGGUUAAACCCUAGUUUUUGGAUCGGGGAGUUGGAGGGGAAAUGGCGUGUUUGGCAGCAGCGAAGCGAGCUAAUUUCAAUGGGCAGCUAUCGAAGCUGUCUUCUCCAUUGUCACUUGGAUCGAAUUUUUUCUUCUGUUCCUUAUCCGCCCCUUCCGAGCCUGCUAAACUUGAUGAGGAGUCCGCCGUCUCUGGAAAUGGGAAUGGGGACAUUUUGUCAAGGACGGCGGCAAGAGAAGCUGUGACAACCCGUUCGCAGAAUUCGAUUCGUCGAGAAGGUAGGCGCAGCAAAAGCCCGGAAAAGAUCGAAGAUGUUAUUUGUAGGAUGAUGGCUAAUCGGGCAUGGACGACCCGUUUGCAGAAUUCGAUUCGGAAUUUAGUCCCGUGUUUCGAUCACGAGCUCGUGUACAAUGUGCUGCACAGCGCCAGGAAUGCGGAUCACGCGCUUCAGUUCUUCCGCUGGGUGGAGAGGAAGAAUCUCUUUCGCAAUGAUAUGGAGACCCAUCGCAAGAUCAUUGAGAUUUUGGGGGGCGCUGCGAAGCUUAAUCAUGCUAGGUGCAUUCUGUUGGAUAUGCCGAAGAAGGGUCUGGAAUUGAACGAGGAUUUGUGGGUGUUGAUGAUUGAUAGUUAUGGAAAGGCUGGGAUAGUUCAGGAGAGUGUAAAGUUGUUCAACAGAAUGCAAGAAUUUGGAGUUGAGCGGACUAUCAAGUCAUAUGAUGCUUUGUUUAAGGUGAUUGUGCGUAGAGGUAGGUAUAUGAUGGCCAAGAGGUAUUUUAACAAGAUGCUAAACGAGGGGAUUGAGCCGACAAGGCACACGUUCAACAAUUUGAUUUGGGGAUUUUUUCUUUCUGGUAAAGUGGAGACUGCCCUUAGGUUCUUUGAGGACAUGAAGUCUCGCGGCAUUUCGCCUGAUGUUGUUACCUAUAAUACGAUGAUCAAUGGGUAUAAUCGGUCUAAAAAAAUAGAGGAGGCAGAGAAGUAUUUUGUGGAGAUGAAAGGGAGGAAUAUUUUGCCAACAGUGAUCACUUUCACAACCAUGAUUAAAGGGUACAUUUUGCAGGACCGAGUUGAUGAUGCGCUGAGAUUGGUGGAGGAGAUGAAGUCUUUGGGGGUUAAUCCGAAUGCAAUUACUUACUCUACCCUGUUGCCGGGGCUAUGUAAUGCCGAGAAAAUGUCUGAAGCUCAAACUGUAUUGAAGGAGAUGGCGGACAGGUAUAUUGUACCUAAGGAUGAGUCUAUUUUCAUGAAGCUAAUUUCAAGCCAAUGCAAAGCGGGUAAUUUAGAUGCUGCCGUGGAUGUACUUAACGGUAUGAAUCGGUUGAGUGUUUCCACGGAGGCUGGUCAAUAUGGUGUUGUAAUUGAGAAUUGCUGCAAGGCUGGUCAGCAUGAUAAGGCCGUUGCAUUGCUGGAUAACCUCAUUGAAAAGGAUGUUAUCCUAGUGCCUCAGAGUACUCUGCAUAUGGAAUCAAGUGCAUAUAACCCAUUGAUAGAGUAUCUUUGCAACAAUGGGCAGACUGCAAAGGCUGAAACCUUAAUGCGGCAGUUGAUGAAAUUGGGCGUACAGGAUGCUCUUGCCUUAAAUGCUCUGAUUUGUGGGCAUUCGAGAGAAGGUACCCCUGAAUCUGCUUUAGAGCUUCUGCAGAUUAUGCACAGGAGAAAGAUUCCUUCAGAAAAAAGUACUUAUGAAUCACUCAUCCAAAGCUUUUUGGAAAGGAACGAACCAGCUGAUGCCAAGGCUGUGCUGGAUAGCAUGCUCGAGAAUGGUCACCUGCCGAGUUCGUCCCUGUACAGGACAGUGAUGGAGCGGUUGCUCAAAGAUGGGCGGGUUCAGACAGCAAGUCGGGUAAUGAAGGCCAUGUUGGAGAAGGGUGUGAAGGAUCAUGAAGAUCUGGUUACGAAGAUAGUGGAAUCUCUAUUAAUGAGGGGGCAUGUUGAGGAGGCUCUCGGACGAAUUGAAUUGCUGAUGCAUAGUGGCAUCACACCCGAUUUUGACAACCUCAUUUCUAUUCUCUGUCAGCAAGAAAAGAUUGUUGCUGCUUUGAAGCUCCUGGAUUACUGUUUGGAGAGAGACUACAGCGUUGAUACCUCAAGCUUUGAAAAGGUAUUGGAAGCUCUAUUAGCUGAUGGAAAGACUCUGAAUGCAUACUCAAUAUUGUGCAAGAUAAUGGAGAAAGGAGGAUCCACUGAUUGGAGUAACUGUAAAGACUUGAUCAAAAGUCUCAACGAACAAGGGAACACAAAGCAAGCAGACAUUUUGUCGAGGAUGAUUGUGGGAAAGAACGAAGACAGAAAGAAAGGAAAGAAAAAAGGUGCAGUAGCUGGAUAAAGGCGACAACUUGGCUAUGUCAAGGUGAGAGUUAAAUUCUUCUAACUCAUGGCUGCCAUUAGGUUCCUUUUCCAGUAGUUAUUUUGAUCAAUAGAAUUCCAGAGAAACCUACAAUUUGGGUGAUAGAUGGUCUGUGAUUGCAUUGUUUGUUCAUUUUCCUCUGCUUGUUUUACUAAUAAGCAAUGUGGUUUUGUAAAACUAUAUUUCAUUGCAUCUUCUGGCUGGGGGAAUCCAAUCACCUGCCAUUUUCA